UGAGCUGAUUCUCGACAUGGAACCGAUUCUGACAGUGUCCUUCUGAUGAGCUAAUUCUCGACAUGGAACCGAUUCUGACAGUGUCCUUCUGCUGAUCUAAUUCUCGACAUGGAACCGAAUCUGUCAGUGUCCUUCAACUGUUGUAAUAGCAAUCUGCGGCGAUGUACCUUAUCCGUGGUCCUUCGAAUUUGACUACUGACAGGUACUAGAACAUUCACUGUACUGUGAUUUUGACCCUGAGAACUUGGUACACUGAACUCCUCGGACGAGUUCGACUUCCUAUAUAAGUGGGAUCUCAGGCCUCUUUUUUCCCAUAUUUCUCUCCUUCCAAUCAGAAUCUUCGAAGGCGGCAUGAAGUCAUGAACUCACGUGGUGGAGAAGAUGAGCCGGUCGAUUCCGGACGACGGAUUUGGAGAGCUUCUACUAGCAUGAGUGCCUCAUGUGAAAUAGAAGACUUGUCCAUUGCCUAUGAUCGGAUUGAGCAAUCGAAGAAACUCAAAGAGGAACUGAGGAUUAUUGAUUUUUGGCUUGAGAUGAACGGCCGCUUGCAUUCUCAGAAUCAGAGACUUGAGGAUGAGGAGAUGCCGCGCUGGUUUUCCGCGUCGAACGAUGAAACGACUGUGACGAGUGAAGACGAUAUACAAGAGGAUCAUUCUACUGAGAGGAUGGAGCUUGAGAUACAGGAGGAUCAUUCUACUGAGAAGAUGGAGCCUGAGAAAGGGCAGGCGAAGGAGAUUGUAGCGGCGUUGGUGGAUUCUGAGGCCAAAUGGCUUCAGAUUAGCACCAAAGCUUUUGCCGAAAGCUCUAACAUUCGUCCAGAUUUUCAGAGCGAGUACGGAUUUUUGAAUUGUACAAUCGGACGGUAGACUUUCAGUGCUGCUGCCAACAUAGGCCCUACAUAUUCAGCUGACAAAGAUAUCUGUGAUCUUGCGAGUAGGUUGAGUAAAGCAGGAUCUGGUUGCAUCAGGACAUGCAUCGAGCUCGAGCUCCAGAGUUCAUUCCAGAGGAACUCUUACUGUCUUUUUAUAGUUUUCUUCUUUCUUUCUUUAUUGCCUCUGAAUGUACAGUGUUUAGUAUUCUACGCGGUCUACGUCAAAUUAUAAAACUUGUGGUCCCUGCAAGUUCUACUCUGGU